AUGGAUAACGAGGAAAAUUUAGAAGGGAUGAUGGGGAAGUGGUUGGAGUAUGCUGAAACUAAUUUUUCAAGUUCUGAUGGAGAAGAACAAGUGAAGGAAAGGAAAAAAGAGAACGUACGAAAGAAGAUGAAUGAUCGACAAAAUCAAGAUAAGGAAAAAGACAAAGAGACCGAGAAAGAGGAUAAUGAAAAAGAAAAGGAGAAAGAGAAGCCAAGAGCUGCUUGCAAUUAUUGUGGCACCGAUUAUGCGGUUGAUACAAAGUUGAAUGGGAAUAGCACACUAUGGGCACAUGUGGAGAGAAAAUGUAAGAAGUGUCCUUUCAGUGACUGGGUUGAGCAAAGUAAGAAGCAACAAUCAACUAUGGAUAGAUUUACUAAAAAGACAACAACCUGCAAUGAAGAAGAAGUCGCUUCAAGUGGGCUGCCGCUAAAGUUGAAUCAAAAUGUUGUUAGGAAAGUGAUCGCCAAAUAUAUCAUUGUGGAUGAGUUAUCCUUUAGGCACGUGGAUGAAAAAGGAUUUCAAAAGCUCAUUAAACAUUUCUUUCCCACAUUUCAGUUCCCAUCAAGAUUUACUGUUGCGAGAGAUAUUUACAGUGCGUUUCUAGAUCAGAAGAAAGAGUUGAAGUCGAUUUUGAAGAGAAUUAUCAACUUUAUCCAAGUUCCUAGCCAUAAAGGGGACUUGGUGGGGAAAAAGUUGAUAAAUUGUCUUAAUGAGUGGGGUAUCUCCUCAGUUUUUGCAGUGACGGUUGACAAUGCCUCCUUAAAUGACGUUGCUCUUAGAAAAUUGAAGGGGCACUUGUUGGACAAAGACAAUACCAUUCCAUUGAAUGGCGAAAUGUUUCAUAUGAGGUGUUCAGCUCAUAUUUUGAAUUUGAUAGUAACUGAUGAGUUGAAAGAGUUGAAUGAUGCAAUUUCAAGCAUUCGAAAUGCGGUGAGAUAUGUCCGGUCAUCUCCAGCUAGAUUGAAAAGAUUUAAAGAAAGUUGCAAGGAUGCAAACAUUGAAUCAAAAGCCUUGUUAUGCUUGGAUGUGGUUACUAGGUGGAACUCCACCUACUUGAUGUUAGAAUCUGCUAUAAAAUUCAACAAGGCUUUUGAGAAUUUGGAAGCAGAUGCGAACUACACAAAGUACUUUGAUGAAGAAAGAAUGGAUGGCCCACCAACCAACCUAGACUGGGAAAAAGCAGUUGUAUUUGUUGACUUUUUGAGGAGAUUCUAUGAUCUUACUAAUCGAUUUAGUGGGUCAUUAUAUGUCACAUCCAAUCUAUUCCUUCCAGAUAUUUUGAAGGUUCAAGCUGAUUUAACUACUAUGGCUUCUAAUCCUGAUACUUUGUUAGGGGCUACGACAGUUAGUAUGAAACGAAAGUAUGACAAGUACUGGGGAAGGAUUGAGAAGCUGAAUAUGUUGACAUUUAUUGUCAAUAUCCUUGAUCCAAGAUAUAAAUUAGAGGUUAUGAAUCGUGGUUUCAAAUUUGUGUACACUUCAAGUGAGGCUAAAAAAAUGAUAAAGUUGGUGGCAAAUUGUUAG